GUGUUCGUUCACUACUUAUGUGCCCUUUCAGGAAGGGUAGUGCAUUAUGGGUAAACAUCCUACUUAGUGCCCUAGAUCUUUAAAAAGGAUUGACAUGAAUCUCAGUGUCAGGAGUUUUUAGAGACUGGACGCUACAGGAGGUUUUGUCCUGAUGCUCUGGUCAUUGUGGAGGAUUUUCUCUUCUGAUUCUGUGUUUUUUCUGUAAUUUAUUUUGUUUUAUUUAGUUAUAUCUGUGUUCCUUUAUUAUUUCACUCCAUUGAAAUUCGUGAAAAAUUUUUUAACAGUAUUUCUUUUGCUUAAGUGUUUUGUUGUAAAUCAAUUCUGUUCAAAAAAAAUUUAUUGUAUUGUAGUGUAGUGUAGUGUGUGUGUGUGUGUGUGUGUGUGUGUAAUGAUGUCAUUGUUUUCCACUGUGGUUAACUGUGUGGGAUUCGAGUUGGUGUGUGUGUUGGUGUAUGUGGUGUGUGUGCUGGUGUGUGGGUUUGGGACACUUGGAGCACUGAGAAUGACCUGGAGAAGUGGAACACACUCAGACGCCCGUCUCUCGUCUCUCAGCUGUAUCUCUGCAGGUGUGUUUUUAGCCUCCUGUCUGUUGGACAUUAUUCCAAAUUUUCUGAAAGAAAUGAGAGAAACAUUCACAGAACUUAGCGUUACCCUGUACUUCCCCGUGCCGGAGUUCAUCAUGUCUGUGGGGUUUCUGUUCCUGCUGGUGAUGGAGCAGCUGAUCCUGACUCUGAGGGAUGAGCGUGAGCAACAGCACGGACAGAAGGAAGGACGAGAGGACAAGGAAGCUCUGCUACUGUGCUCACCGACGGUCCGGACACGUCCCGACCCCUCCCUGUCCCCCAUCCGCUCGUCCGUGCUACUCCUGUCUCUCUGUCUGUUCUUCAUCUGCCAGGGUUUAUCUGUGGAUGUGGUGCGGCUGCGUCCCGAACUCCUUCUGCGCACUUCACUCGUCACUUGCAGCCUGGUCUUCCUGCUCAUUCACAGUCACAUGAGACGGUUCGUAGUGUUGGUCUGCCUGGGGGUGCUGUCCUCGGCGUUCCCGCUCGGCCUCGCCCUGCGUUACACACACACACACCACUCCUUUCGCUUGGCUCGCUCCACACUCCAGGGCCUGAGUGUUGGUAGCUUCAUCUACGUCGUCUUCAUGGACGUGAUGCCCCGAGUCACGAGUGCUAAUGAGCAACGUAUCGCUAAAGUCACACUGAUCCUCACGGGGUUCAGUGUGUUCACCGCUGCGUUGCUUCUCUAAACACACACACAGUGUUCAGUGUGUUCACCAACACACUGCUCCUCUAACCCUUAAUCUCACACACAUACACGCACACACACACACUUGUAAGUGUAAGUGCACUUGUAGGACUUCCUGGAUUGUGAUGUAAACAUGUUUCUUUACGCUGUAAAUAAAAGUCAUUAAACUUGA